GACAGGAAGCCGGCAGUCAGAGCGGAAGCCGUUGCGCAUGCGCACUGAGGCUGGCCGCUCCCUGCCUGCUGCACGGUGCUCCGGUACAGGAUGGCGAAGAAUGUCGUGCCCGCUCGCUUCCGGAGGGUGGAUGUGGACGAGUAUGAUGAGAACAAGUUCGUUGACGAGGAGGAGGCCGGAGAGGGACAGCAGGGACCGGACGAGGGGGAAGUGGACGGAGCUAUCCGGGGAUCGCUGUGUACAGGGAACAUGGUGGGCGCUCUACAGGCUGCUUUGAAGAAUCCACCUAUGAAUGCAAAGAAUCAGUCUGCAAAGGAUCGGGCGGAGAACCUUGUGCUGAAAGUGCUGGUCUCAUUCAAAACAAAUGAGAUUGAGAAAGCCGUUCAGUCACUAGAUCCGAGUGGUGUGGACCUGCUAAUGAAAUACAUCUACAAGGGCUUUGAGAGUCCAUCUGACAACAGCAGUGCGGUCCUACUGCAAUGGCAUGAAAAGGCUUUGGCCGUGGGUGGAGUGGGCUCCAUAGUCCGGGUGCUUACUGCCAGGAAGACGGUUUGAAUGUUCAGCUGGUUAUGAUCUAUUGAAGAGCUGGUGCCAAGACCAAAACCCUGAACCGCAGCAGCCUUGCUGUGGCC